CUGGGCCUUACGCGCGCUUCUCUGUGUCCCCAGCAGAGGGCGCCAGCCCAGAGCUGCCUUGUCGCCAGCCUCCCGCCCAGCCGCCGCCAUGAAGGCCGUAGUGCAGCGCGUCACUCGGGCCAGCGUCACAGUUGGAGGCGAGCAGGUGAGCGCCAUCGGCCGGGGCCUGUGCGUACUGCUGGGCAUCUCCCUGGAAGACUCACAGAAGGAGCUGGAGCACAUGGUCCGGAAGAUCCUGAACCUGCGUGUGUUUGAGGAUGAGAGCGGCAAGCACUGGUCCAAGAGUGUCAUGGACAAGCAGUACGAGGUGCUGUGUGUCAGCCAGUUCACCCUGCAGUGCGUCCUCAAGGGCAACAAGCCCGACUUCCACCUGGCCAUGCCCACCGAGCAGGCCGAGGGCUUCUAUAACAGCUUCCUGGAGCAGCUGCGGAAGACCUACCAGCCCGAGCUCAUCAAAGUUUGCAUCAUUGUGUUGCUGCCAAACUUCAGUGCCUGUGCCUUCAACUCUGCACUGCUCUGA